CAACGAAACCACUUUCUUCACAGUCGAUAUUUUACUUCUGAUAAUACGAACCUAUAUUUAAUAAUAGAUUUAUAUUUCAUCUAUGAUUAAACUUAGAAACAAGUUGAAUAUAUUUUAAUGCAAAUUAUACUCAGAAUGAUUCACUAUAAAUGUAGACAAGGUACUUAUCCAUCUAGCAAUAUAAGACGUUUCCAAAUACCUGAAGAAAAAGUGUCAUGGAAAAUUGAAUAUUCAGAAUAUAAGCCAGUUGAAUACACCGCUUCAAAUCUUACCGGGAAAUCAUGGGCAGACCCGGAAAUUGAUAACAUUUCGUUCAAACCAAAGUGGAACUCUAUUGACGGAAAGGUAAAUCGUAGAAGUUUUAUGGGUGACUAUGUUAUAAAUAAAGAUGGUUAUCCUUUAAAUCCCAUUGGUCGCACUGGAAUUAUUGGACGUGGUCUCUUAGGGCGAUGGGGACCAAAUCAUGCAGCAGAUCCAAUUGUAACCCGUUGGAAACAAGAUCUUGCAGGAAUGAUACAAAUAAAUAAGGAUACAAAAAAACCAAUUUUGCAGUUUGUUGCUAUACAAAGACAAGAUUCUGGAGAAUGGGCUAUUCCUGGUGGAAUGGUUGAUCCAGGUGAAACAGUCUCAGCAACUUUGAAAAGAGAGUUUAUGGAAGAAGCAAUGAAUUUUCUAGGAAAAGAUGAAACAGAAAAAGAAAAAUUAGAAAAAUCGAUGAGAACAUUUUUUGAAAAGGGAGAAGAAAUUUAUAAAGGAUAUGUAGAUGAUCCUAGAAAUACAGAUAAUGCUUGGAUGGAAACUGUAGCCUUAAAUUUUCAUGAUAAUAAUAAUAGUGUUAUUGGAAGCAUAACGUUAAUAGCUGGUGAUGAUGCACGUAAUGUGAAAUGGAUGGAUAUUGAUAAAAAUCUGAAUUUAUAUGCUAACCAUAGCGAGUUUAUCAGAAAAACAGUACAAAAACGUGAUGCACACUGGUGAAAAUAUUAUACUUUUAAUCAAUAAGACAUGCCUGAUUGUUUAACAAGAAUUUAUUCUUUUAUCGAAGAUUAAACAAAAUUAAUCAAAAAUACCUCAUAUAG